GCGCAGCGGCAGCGGGCCUCUGGACGGAGCGUCGGUCGCCUUCCAGUGCCUCUGCAGCCGCGCCGCCGUCACCUGGAGUCCUAACCCAACAUGCGCUGCUGUGUGCUCAGCUUCAUCGCCAGGUAGCGGCUCCGUGUCCGCUUUAGGAAUGGUGUGCCCGUCCUUGAACCAGGGAAAGCAUCCCACGAAAAGGGCUGGAGCGAGCCAUGAGCGCGUGGCGGCUCGUGGUGCUGCUGCUCGCCACGGUCAUCGCGUACUCCAGCCCCGCUGCCUCUGCCUCUACUUACGCCUCCAGCUCUGGCGGGCGGCUGCUGUCGUCGCUGCUGGGAUACCCGAGCUCGUGCCGCCACAACGCGGCGGCGUACCGCUGCACGCUGACCUUCACCUGCUGGCUGGUGGGCGGCCAGCUGACGCCCGGCUGCAGCUCGUCCGGCGGGCCGCUCGACGUGGUGGCCGACCUGCUCUUCACGUGCUGCGUGCCCGCGCACCACUCGCACCCGCCGCCCCCGCCGCCCCCGCCCCCACCCAAGCUGCCUCCGCCGCUGCCGCCUUCCGCCUCUUACCUGCCGGCUUCGCCUAGCGGCCUCCCGUCACGCAGGGAGGAUAUAGACCACAGGAAUAACCAGCUACUAGACGUUACCAGUAUAGAAUGUGGGACACCACAGCUUACUUUCCAGAAACGAAUAAUUGGUGGCAAUGAGGCUUACUUUGGGGAAUUUCCUUGGCAAGCACACAUUCGCAUAGCGGGUUACCAGUGUGGAGGAGUGCUUGUCAGUCAGUGGUAUGUUGCAACAGCAGCCCACUGUAUACAUAGGGCACGACUGAAAGAUAUAAUUGUAUUUCUGGGUGAAUAUGACACACAGAACACUGGUCAGUACAUGGAACCCCUUCCAGAAGAAACAUUCAGAGUCAUAAAGAAAAUAAUUCACCCAAAUUUCCAAUUCAGGAUUACACAGCCUGAUAGGUUUGACUUGGCUCUACUUAGAUUAUCACGGCCAGUCUUCUACCGAGAAAACAUUUUACCUAUAUGCCUUCCUAAGCAUAAUGAAGCAUUUAUGGGACACACAGGUGUUGUUGCUGGAUGGGGAAAAACUGACACAACAUAUGGGAAGACUGGAACAAAUAUCUUACAGAAAGCUACAGUACCAAUUCUCAGUGAUGAAGAAUGUUUAAAGUGGCAUGAACAUAAGAAUAUAAAUUUGGAACUGUACUCUGAAAUGUUUUGUGCUGGUCACAGUGAUGGGCACAUGGAUGCUUGUUUGGGUGAUUCAGGAGGCCCACUGAUAGUGAAGGUCAAUGGACGCUGGACUCUUGCUGGAAUCACAAGUGCUGGGUUUGGAUGUGCUGUCGAUCACCAACCUGGUAUAUACCACAAAGUGGCUGACACUGCUCACUGGAUUGUUGCUCAUGUUGAGGGUAAAAAGUGAAUGUGUCAGCUUCUGUUACCAUAUUUAUGGGUUCAUGCACUAAAGACAUAUGUUUCCAAAGUGGAGGUAGCCUUAAAUUGACAGUGAGAUAGACAUUGUUGAAAGUCAUGUUUGGUUUUUUGAUUUGCAAUGAAUAUUCUUUUCACAAAGAUAAAGAAUAACAAUGAACAUGGGUAUGGCAGGCUAAUUAUGUAAGUGCAGUGUCAACUCAGGGCUAAUUAGUGAGUAAGAGAUAAUUUAUAAUAAUGUUAUAACAUUACUUGCUGAUGUGCUGUACCUGGAAGAACUAGUGAAAUAUCGGUAUUCUAAUAUUUCUCAAGAAAACAAUGGGAAAAUUACCUGGAAGAAAUAUAAGAGUAAUAGUAUCCUAUAAUUUCUUAAUAUUAUCAUGCCUCUCAUAUAACAUAAGAGGUACAUUCUAGAGAUUUGAUAAAAUUUUCGCUAAUCACUAACUAGGCAUUCCCUGAUACUCUCAGCAGUUGAAACUGUAUUCACUGCAUCACCUACAGAAGCCAAGGGAGCUAAAAAUAGUGUAUGUGUUGAGGAAAGAUAGUUAUACAUAUUUACAUUAAUGUUCAAUAAACAAAUAUGAAAUAAAUAUAUAAUGAAGGGUUUUUGUGGAUACAGAUGGACUUGGUAAAGCAAUCUUUAUGGUAUAUCACAUUUUUUGGACACUCAGUAGUGAUUCAUUAUUUCCUGGUAAAGGUUAUCAGUCAUUUUUCCCUCCUUUGGAUACAAAGUCAAAUAUUAAUGUGGCUAAUAUUCUCAAAGAAACCAAAAUUGCAAAAUUGAUUACCACUAUUUACUGUAUUACUAACCAGUUUUCAUUUUUUUCCCAAGUGAAUAUUAAUUGUGUUUUCAUUUGGUGCUCUGGUCUGUUUGAACUAUUCUUGAAUGUAGGUGAUAUGGGCAAUGCCAAAGGAAUCUCGAGAUAACCUAAAACCAAGUUGUACUGUUUUCUGACAUUUGUUCUUCAGGUAGAUGAAGACUAACAUUUUCUGUAGUUCUUCCAUAAAGGUACAUAUAUUACAGCUGCUUCAAAAGUAGUACAAAACAAAUGUUGUAUUUCAUGUGGAUUUAAAAAUUCUGUCCUACAUAGAGAAUUGUUUUUAUUUGUCAUAAUUUGUAAUAGAAGUGGAUUGAAUACAUCUGUACAACAAACAAAAUUAUAUGAGUGACACUAUGAUUUAUGUGACACAUUUCUCAAUCAGUGUACUGUAGAUUAGUGUUGCAGGCAAACUAUGCUUGAAGGUGGAAUGAUCUCCUGUUUAAUACUCUGUUAUGUAAGGCUGGUUCUUAUGUAACACAGAAAUAACUAUUUUUCUUUGUAGGUAAACCUAUCUGUAGUUAUGACACACUGUCUUUCUUCUUUAGAAAGAUAAUCCUAUCUAUGAAAGGAUUUUAGUUUUAUUGUCCUCAGUGUUAGAAGUGUGCACAAAUUCUGAUCUCAGUCAGAGUCAUUAGUGACAAUUACUUAUUGUAUUUCAAGUUGUAUUAUAUAUAUAAUUUGUUUUUGUGAUUUAUAAAUACAAUAGCUAAUAAAAGUGA